GGAGUGUUGAUGAAUAGUGUAGGUUGUGGGACCCAAUCACCCAAUUAAAUUGUGCCACCUAAGAGAGAGGAGAAGAGAGAUAAUAUAAUUUACGGAAAUUUGGAGAGUGUGCACAAGUAACACCUCUUAGAAUUUGAUAGUCGGAGCAAGUGCAAAAAACUGUUUCUUUCACAGCACUCCAGGCUGGGAGAACCAGACCAUUGACACAUCAGACCCAAGGGUUUCUCUGGCUAUAAUUGUAAAUGCAAACUCGUUACAGGAUACACUAGACUCGGUCCAUCAACUAUAACGUCUGGUCACAGUUUCUGAUUAGUGUAAGUUAACAACACUUGUCAAUCUCUGCAAUCAUCAGCAAUUUCACUCCAUGACCGUAUAAAACCCUAACGCUUUCGCAUGAGAGGUUCGGAAGCAGAAACGAGCCCAUAAACGCUCUCCAAGAUUUUCGAUCUCUGAAAUACUAGUGGACACGAUAUCACGAUGAUGAGUCGUGGCGGGUACAGAAUGUCCGGUUCCUUGCUGGCCACGGUGGUUCAACGUUCCUUCUCAACCACCACUGUUCGCAGGGUACCGAAUGAAGUGGCUUCUACGAUCCUGAUCGGUAGGGGCAGUCACCUUCGCUGCGAGGCUCAUGUACGCAAUGCGAUCUUUUUGACGAGGGCUCCAGUUCUGGGAGUAAGAAACGGGAGCAGUAUGGGUCAAAAGGGCGAGAAGGGCCAGAAGGAGAAGGAGAAGAAGCAACCGUUGGCUGGAUCCAAAGGAGGCGCUGGUGGAAAAGACGAGAAGCAGAUCUCAAGUUACUGGGGCGUGCCGCCGAAGAAAAUCACUAAAGAGGAUGGUACGGAAUGGAGGUGGAACUGCUUCAGGCCAUGGGAGACAUACAAGGCUGAUUUAUCGAUUAAUUUAAAGAAACAUCACGCGCCAACAUCUUUCAUGGAUAGAAUGGCUCUCUGGACUGUCAAGGCUCUCAGAUGGCCUACAGACCUCUUCUUCAAGAAAAGAUAUGGGUGCCGGGCAAUGAUGUUAGAAACAGUGGCUGCAGUCCCAGGAAUGGUUGGUGGGAUGCUGUUGCAUUGCAAGUCAUUGAGAAGAUUCGAGCAAAGUGGCGGCUGGAUCAAGGCUUUGCUGGAAGAGGCUGAGAAUGAACGUAUGCACCUCAUGACAUUUAUGGAGGUAGCCAAACCCAAUUGGUACGAGCGAGUUCUGGUGAUUACAGUCCAAGGUGUUUUCUUCAAUGCCUACUUCAUGGGCUACCUCAUCUCUCCCAAAUUCGCACACCGAGUGGUGGGUUAUCUGGAGGAGGAAGCCAUUUAUUCGUACACUGAGUUUCUCAAGGAGAUGGACAAGGGGAAUAUUGAGAAUGUCCCUGCUCCUGCCAUCGCCAUUGACUAUUGGCGCUUAUCACAGGACUCAACCCUCCGAGAUGUUGUCAUGGUUGUAAGAGCUGACGAGGCACAUCACCGCGACGUUAAUCAUUUUGCAUCGGACAUACAUUGCCAAGGUCGUCAGUUGAGGGAAUCUCCUGCACCAAUUGGGUAUCACUGAAGCAGAGCUGCUGAGAGUCAGUGCCGUGGUUUUCCAAGUCUGAAACAAACAAAAUAUUUAUGGAAGAUAUAUAAGGAUGUCAAUUGACUUUGAUCAACGUAAAUAGAAUUGGAGUGUUAUCUAAUUCUUGCUUCUUAAUCAAUAGAGUAUUAUUAUAAGCCGUGUGAUUGCUUCUGUCUCUAAAAGCAUUUUGCUAAGUCGCUAGAGAGUGGGAGUUGAGAGAAAAGCCUCGGGAUUUUUUUUAUUUUUUAUUUAUUAACUCGGAUUAUAUAUAAGGUUCUGCAUGAACCAUGUCUUCCACAGUCCACACAAGGACUG